AUGUUCGUUUCUUUGCUUAUUUUAGCAUCGUUGUGUAAUCUUGCUAAUGGAGAAGCAGUAAAUAUAGAUGUUUGCAAUGUUCCUGUGCCAGUAAUGGCAGCUAUUGUGCAAAGACCUUCGGUCCCUGUCGAGAAUUGCCAAGAUCGUGAUGUGCCGGCUUGCUAUGAAAUAUUUAGACAUGAUGACGAUCCUGGUCAAUUCGGCAUGAUACUCAUGAAUAAUCGCAUGGAAAAUAUGAAUUAUCAAGUUCGAGACAAGUGUCAACAGCCCAUUUAUAAAAUGUUGGCUCGUCAAAUGUGUCCACGAACGUGCGCAACAUGCUGCUUAACUAAAGAAUAUAACUGUGAAAAUGCGACAACUUUAUCAUCUCCAACACAAAAUUGUAAAGACGAACGACAAGGCUGUGAAGCAAUAAGAGCAUCAAAUAGUUGUGGUGGUGUAUUUCGAACAACAAUGAUG